ACUCGCCCGGCCGCUGCCUGUGAGGAAGAUGCCACCUCUGUGCCGCCGUCCGGGCCGCCAAGUCCUUCUCCUCCUACUGGCCCUGCUAUUGCCCUCAUCACCCCCGGCCUGCGCUCCCGCGCCCCCGGGCCCAGCCGCCGCCCUGCUCCAGGCUCUCGGAUUGCCCGACGUGCCCCGGGGCGCCCCCAAAUCCCGGCCCGUACCCCCUGUCAUGUGGCGCCUGUUCCGCCGCCGGGACCACCAGGAGGCCAGGGCGGACCCGCGGAGGAUGCCCCCGAGGGCGACCUUGCGGCCGUGCCACGUGGAGGAGCUGGGGGUCGCCGGAAACAUCGUGCGCCACGUCCUGGACAGCGGAGCGGCCGCCCGCUCCCCGGAACCCGCCUCAGCCGCAGGGCAGUGCCCUGAGUGGACCGUCGUCUUCGACCUGUCGGCCGUGGAACCAGCCGAGCGCCCGAGCCAGGCCCGCCUGGAGGUGCGCUUCGCGGCUGCGGAGGCGACAGCGGGGACGACUGGCGGCUGGGAACUGAGUGUGGCGCCGGCGGGAGCAGGCCUCGGGCGGGUGGGGCUCCGUCAGGUGGUGCCCACCCUGGGACAGCCGGUGCGUGCUGAGCUGCUGGGCUCCAUCUGGGCCCGCAACGCCUCGGCGCCCCGCAGCCUCCGCCUGACGCUGGCGCUGCGUCACCGGACCCUCGCGGCCUGCGCGCGCCUGGCCGAGGCCUCGCUGCUGCUGGUGACCCUCGACCAGCGCCUGUGCCACUCCGUGGCCCGGCCUCGGCGUGAGGCCGAGCCGCUAGUGGGUGGUGGCUCCGGGGACUCGUGUCGCGCACGGCGGCUCUACGUGAGCUUCCGAGAGGUGGGCUGGCACCGCUGGGUCAUCGCGCCUCGCGGCUUCCUGGCCAACUACUGCCAGGGCAAGUGCGCUCUGCCCGCGGUGCUGUCUGAAGCUGGCGGGGCUCCCGCGCUGAACCACGCGGUGCUGCGCACGCUCAUGCACGCGGCCGCCCCCGGCGCCGCCGGCCUGCCCUGCUGCGUGCCCGCGCGCCUGUCGCCCAUCUCCGUGCUCUUCUUCGAUAACAGCGACAACGUGGUGCUGCGGCGCUACGAAGACAUGGCGGUGGACGAGUGCGGCUGUCGCUGA